GAGGUCGGCGCUGCUCGCGGGGCUCCGGCGGCCCUUCCAGGGUGAAGCUGCCUGGCUGGAGUGGAAGGAAGGGGGCCUCCCCUGAGACUGAGAUGGCGCUCGCCCGUCCGCCGGGGGGCCAGCGGCUGAGUCACCUGCGCAGCAUAGGCUCCUGGGCUCCGGUCCCCGGCGUCAGUCCGGUUAUCCACUUUUCCAAGGCCGUCACCCUCUUCGGCCGUAACACCCGGGUAGCGGACUACCACCUCAACUUGCCUGCCACAGACCUCAAUUACAUCUCCCGUAUCCACGCGCGGAUAAUCCGGACAGACGGCGAAUACAUUCUGGUGGAUUCCAGCCUGACGGGCGUGUAUGUCAACGACAUCCGCAUCGAAGGCGAAGUAAAUUUGCGCGAAGGAGAUACAGUCACUUUUGGCCAUCCUGAUGGGAAAAACGUCCUCCUGGGAAGCCACACACGGCAGCCAAAUUCUCCCUUUUAUUUCCUGUUUGAGCAUUGCGAUUGCUCUCCUGGCCGGAUGCAGAGCGCUUAUGCAGACGGGAGAAAUUUCCCCCAACCGUUGAAAGGUCCCGACUUGGUUUCUGCAGGAGUUUCACCUCCAGGCAACCCGAACUUGGCACUUGCGGGCAACGUUUCUCCUCCUCAGAUGGCACUAGCAGGGGUGCUGCCAGGCCAGGCCCCUCUGGCAAGCUCUGUCACACAGCAUGGCCCCCAGGAUGCUCUGGCCCCACCACCAAACCCAGCGCUUUCCGCCUCUUCCCCACUUACGGCUGAGAAGGCAUCCGAGAAAAGCAGCUUUCCUUCCUCACCUCGUCCUCCAUUAAGUGCUCCGUGCAGACGGGCCUCCCAGGUUCUCCGUUCCGCUUCACCAGAUUACACACUUCCCGACGAGAACUCUUUUGCGGCCACUGGGUCUCCUCCGGAAAGUCCAGAAUCCGGCGACUCCGUUUCUCGCAGCAGCAGCAGCAGUGAGAGUACCGUGGAGUGUGACACGCCUCCUCCACAAGGGUUGCCUCCACACGAGGCUGCCGGAAGUGAUCCCGAGGGAGGCUGCGUGCCUCCGCUCCUUCCCGGCCCCACCUGUUCAGAGGCAUCUGAAGCGGCUGAUCGCGAUGGCUCCCCAAAAGCAGCAGAGGCCUCUGGGCCCUGGGAGGAAACGCUGCAGCUCACGCCCGCCUUUCCCACGGAGACGGAAAGCGAGUCUGGUUGUGCUCGGUCUGUUUCUGGCCCAGAGUCUCCAGCUCUUAGCGAAGCGGGUGAGGAACAGGCCCAGGUGGAUCUUUGCCCAAGCAUGGAAGACACCGCUUGUCUGGGGGAAUCGUUUGCUUCAGAGGCAGAGAGCCCAGUGGAAGAAAUGGAAGUGGCUGAACUGGCCGGGAGCCGUGCUCAGGUAAGGAGGGACUCCGUGGAGGAGCGCGAAGAGAACCUGAUGGAGAAGCACCCAGCGGAGGCCUCUUUCUCCUCCGCAGAAGCAGAAGUGGCAGAGGGAGCGGAAAGCGGGGCAGUCGGUCCCUCUGCGGAAAGCCAGGUUUCUGAGCUGGGGCACAUUCAGCAACAUGACUCCGCCAAGAGAACGGCUGAGAUCCAUUUUCCUCCUGGGGAAGAGCCGAUGAACGAUUCUUCCACCCAAAUCUUGAGCCAGGAGACGUUGGACUCUGAGAGGAGAAACCCACUUUUGCCUUCAGGGCAUUCAUCGCGUGGUGGUGUGGACCUCACAGUGGCUUCUCCACAAAAGGCUGCAGCCAGUGAAGCGGUGGAAAUGGAACCUCCCACAGGUGAGGGCUUAGAAGGCCUGGAUGGCCAUCUUGGUGGUAGAGAACUUGAGCCAGCGAUGAGUUCUGCGAUUCCAGCAGACGCUGAAGGCGUUUGCGAGAAGGCCAGCAUGGUGGACCUUUGUGCAGAAGUGGGAAGGCGGACUGAUGGAGGGAAGCCUGGAGAGAUGGAAGUAGCAGCAGCAGAGUCUUUCAAGGCCCUGGAUACAAGCCAGGAGCCGGGCGCUGAGGGCGCUGACUCAAAGGCCUGGGAGGCCAGGGAGAUGCUGCUGCAGAAACAGCCGGAGACCCUGGUCCUUGGCGAGCAAUCCAAGGGCAGAUUCUGCCAAGGAGAAAAGCCCAAGGACUGGAGGGGAGCUUCUGACACAGCAGACAGAAACCUCCAUUCCAAAGACCAGCCGGAGCCUCCUGAAGGAGCAGAUUUGCUGCAAGCAAGGCCCUUUUUUGGGGGAAACAAGGUUCUCGCAGGGGCCUUGGAAACUUCAGUUCCCGAACCUCCCGAGAAUUUGGGCGAAGUGAUUUCUGAGCAAGGCCUCUUCCAGAGCAACAGGAUCCUCUUUGAAGAUCAAGGGGGGGAAGGGCCUGUGAUGGAGGGAAAAUGGGAACCUGAGACCCCCAGAAGUGCCGAGUCCAGCAACAACUCGAGUGAGGUGGCGGCUGAUUCCCGGCUACAGGAUGGAGAUGAGGCGAGUGAAAGCCACGAUUCUUCCCUGGGAGUGACUGGUGUUGCCGUGGUUGGGCUGCCUGGAGGGGGACCACCCAGUUACAAAAGUGGCAGUGAGGGACAACUUCAGGGUGACUCCAAGGAUCCACCCAGGGAGGAAGAAUCGGAGUGGAGGAGAAGCACAAUCAGCCCCUCAGCAGCAGCAGCAGCCGCCAACGAAGAUGCAGCCAAGCAGCACCGAGAGGCUGAGGGUGGCCUGGAGAAAGACCCCACGUGCCUUGUAGGGCAGGAGGAAGCGGAGGGCUCUUCUGCUGCUGCGGAUGCCUCCCUCGCGAGAAGCCCCAGCCCAGAGCAGUCCUUUUGGGGCUCGGCAGGUAGACAAGGGGAUUCCUCUAGAGGGGGCCUUGAAGAGGGGAGAAUUCCCCACUUAGGGGACUGUUCACUUGCGGGCACACAACUACCUUCUUUGAACAGCCAACAUGAAGCAGGAGAGAGAUCGGUGUCUGAGAGUAGCCACCUUUUGAGUUGUCAGUAUGUCACCAAGGAUGAACGGUUUACAGGUCUGAAUGAAGAAGGCGGAGUGAAGACCACCAUGGGAGAGGAGGAGGAGGAGGAGGAGGGAGAGGCAAGUCCUGUGGCAAACGCUCCUUCGGCUGUCACCAAGAGGGAUUUGGAUCCAAGUCCUAGGCAGGUGGGGUCGUUGAAUGGGCCUGGUAGUGCAUUCUCCAGUGGUUCUUCCUGUGUGGUUGAUCUCCAAGAACCGAAUCCUAAUACUGUUGAGCCUGAGAGACUGGAAACCUGUUUGGAAGGGGCAUCCCAAGGAGCCGAUGUUGGGGGAAGGUUGCUUCGUCUGGAAGACCCUCUGAUCCGAGACAGAGCUUCGGAGGAACCAGAAGCCCCUGUUGAACGGAUCAGCCUGCCUGUUCCAGGAGAACCUGGGCCAGAUGUCCUCCUUCCUGAGGAGAGGGGUGGUUCUGCCCAGAUGGCCAAGGCAGGAGGCAGCCCUCCUGGGCUCCCCCUUCCAAGCGUUGGCCUUCUACAGCCUGGGGAUGUUGCUGUCAACCUCCCAGUGGAGCCAAUGGACAACUCUGAUGGGGCCCUGCAGUUGCCUGAUGGGGAUGAUGGGCUCCGUGGUCAGGUUCCUGCGCCUGAAGCGGAAAAAGGAGAGCCGGGCCAGUUGGGUCCUUCCAAGACGGAUGAUCUUCAUGGAGGAAGGGACGCCUCCCGGUUGGACCCAGCUGAACAGGCAGCUAAUGCGACCGAGAGCAGGGAAGCCUUUAGGGAACCGACUGAGGAAUCAGCCACCCGAAGACCAGCUGACCUGGCCGUGCCAGAGACCAGGGCUGGGCCACCGAAGGGCACGGAGAUGACCCUGGAGAUGAGCCCGGAGGGCCAACCCUCCUCCCGUUGUGACCAAGGCAGUCCUGGAAGGGGGGCUGCGUCUUCCACCGCAGGGACAGAGGCCGAAGAGCCCCCCCAUUCAGGAAAGAGCCGGAAAAGAGCAUCCGAAGCACCGGUGGAAGCAGGUGGGGAGGAGAUGGAGCCGGAUCCUGUCAACCUGGCCGGUCAGCCUGAAAAGCCCCCUUUGGACUCCGCUUCAGAACCAGCAGAAGACGGCAGGGUUGCCUGGAAGGGCUUCCCAGAAGAUGCCAGUCUGGACUUGGUCCAAGGGAGCGGGCCUGUGGCUGGCAGGCUUCCUGGGCAGCCAGGCACGGUAACUGUGGCUUCACCUCUUGGAGACGCCGUUAAAGGGCCUCCGGCAAGAGAGGCGUCCAGCAGUCCCCAGUCAGGGAAAGGUGGAUACGCUCAGAAGGCCAGGAUGGUGCCUGAGGACGCCAACAGGCUGCCGGCCCCAGAAAGUGCCUGCCGGCUGGGCAAGGACCCAGAGGCCUCUGCCGGGCACAGAGGAGGCUUCGGGUGCUCGGAGCCCUGCGAAGAAGAGAAACCAAACCGCUCUCCUCCUAGGAAAAGACCUCAAAACGGGGACUUGGAUUUGGAAGGCGCUGCCUGUCACCCAAAGAAGCUCUUCCGGGAGGAUUUGGCUUCUGUUCGGGGCCCUGGGAGUGACCCAGCGGCAUCUCCUGUGGCGCCUCCUCCUCCUCCUCAUCUGAGGGAGAGCGUCGAGCAAUUUGGCAAAACAAUAGAGAAUUUCCUGGAUCAGUGCAGGAACCGAGUCCCUCUGUGCUCCGACCCCACGGAAAGAAACGGAGAAGCUCUCGCUCAGAUAGUGAGAAAUUACUUUAAAAGCAACGUUGACUCCGAUGCACCUGAAAGGGGGGAAGCCGAAGAAGCUCCGUCUUCAGAAACUGCAGCCGCAAAGGGGAUCGGCUGCCAGUCGGAAGGGGGGGGCGCAGGAGGCCCCAGGGGAAGCCCGGGCGGUGAUGGGCCUGGCUCACCCAAAGGGGAGGAAGCGGAGGGUGCCCGCAUCUCUGAAGAUGCACCUGUGUCCCCUGGAGGCCGGUCAGCCGCCUCCGGCUCCUCCACCAAGGAAGAGAGCAAAGGCUCAGGGGCCCCCGGGCAGGGAGGCUUCUACUACUUCGAGGAGGAGCCCUUCCCCAUGGAGGUGGGCUCAGCGCUGGGGGACUCGGGUUGCAGCUCUCCUGCCGAGUCGCUAAAUGCAGCACUGGUGGAGGGGCCUUGGGAAGAGGAGUGGGACACCCCUUCCUCCUUGGACAUCACCGCCAGUUCCCAAAGCUACGAACCUUCUCCCAGUCCACACUGGAGCAAUUCGGACCAAGCGCUGGACAGCUGCUCUGAAGGCUCUAGCUGCCUCUUGGAAACCGACUGGUACUAUGCCUCCGAUGAACGCCCGGGGAUAUUUCUGGACGUGGCCGUGCCGUGGCCGGAAGACAGGAGGCUCCUGGCCAUCGGCUGCAGCGUGGAGAACUGGACGGAGGAGGUGGGCCUGGUGGCUCUGCCUGCCGAGAGGACCCUGGGAGCCCCCCGGAGAAGGCAGCUGAGGCCAAUCGGAGGGGGAUGCCGGCCCAAGGCAGCCCUGGAGGCUCUCCUGACCCAGGCCGCCGACUUUCGCAUGGAAAUCGAGAAGUUCAUCGAUUCUCAUACCGACAACUUGCGUGAGAUGAAAGGCGGGGAGUUCUGGCCCAUCGUGAAGUGUGUGAGGAUCCGGGUGGCCACGGCGGAGGUCCUGAGGACGGGAGCGGUGCUGGUGGACCUGCCUGGGACCCGGGACUCCAACGCGGCUCGGGACACGACAGCCCGAGAGUACCUGAAGGACUGCAGUGCCGUGUGGGUGACUGCCAGCAUCACGCGAGCCGUGGACGACAAGACGGCCAAAGAGCUGCUGAGUGCCAACUUCCGCCGGCAACUGUUUAUGGACGGCCUCUAUGGGAGCCUGGCCUUCGUCUGCACCAAGACGGACAGCUUCAGCAUCACUGACAUCAUCAGGGACCUCCACUUACAAGACCAGAUCCGACCCCUGGAGGAGGAGCUGCAAGAGCUGGAGCGCCAGAGAACUCGGGCAGAAGCGGAGAAGAAGCACCUUUACGAUCAGCUGCAGCAGCAACAGCCAGCGAGGAAGGAAAGUGCAGCCGCAGAGUCCGCCUGGCUUCAGAGACAUGACAUCUUGGAGAAGGAGUUCCAAAUCUGUGCCUUGCAGCGCGAGAAGGAGGCCAGGCUCCGGGCCAUCAGCCUGAUCUGCGUCCAGGCCCGGAACGAGUUUUCCAAGCAGCGGAUCUUGAUGGACUUCAGUGCUGGCCUGCAGGAAGUGUCCAGGAGAGCGGAGGGCGAAGAAGACGGCGAAGAAGAGGUGGACGAGGGGGACUCGGCUGGAGAGCAGCAGCCUGUCAAUCUGGAGGUUUUCACGGUCAGCUCGACGGAGUAUCUCAAACUUGGUGGGAAGCUGCUCUGCAAUGGCCAGCCUCAAGUUUUCCAUGACAUCAAAGACACAGAGAUUCCUGCGCUGAAGAAGUUUGCCAUGGACACAGCGCUAAAGCACAGCAUGGUGGCAACCGAGAAGGUCAUCCGGGACGUGGCUCGUGUCCUGAGCCAAAUGGUGAAUUACCUCAACAGCCAGAGGACGGAGGCUGAUGCCCACCAGGCCCAGGUGCAGGAGAUGCUGCAGCAGGCCUUGCAGGGCCUCCCUGCCCUCCUCCAGGGGGUCCUCAGGGCCAGCGCUCAGGACCUCCGGCGGGCCUUCGAGGCCCUCCUCCUGGGCAGCCUGCAGAACGGUGCUGAGAGGGCCAAGCAGCUCUCCGAGGCCAUCGCCAAAGGCUGGGGCUCGCCGGUGGUUGGCUACCCCCACGGGGCCUAUCGGGCGAUCUGCAACCACCGUGGCGUUUACACCUCUCCCAAGUACCAGUCUGUGGAUUUCAACAAAGAGCUGGCCGAGCCCAUCCUCCAGGUCAUCUCCCUGGCCUGGAACGAGGUCUUCAGCUCCCGGCUGGCCAGCUCCAUCGAGGGCUUCACAGCUGCCCUCCUGGACCAGUUGAGCUCCUUCUUCAGGGGCCUCAAGAAGAAACUGCACCAGCACCGCCCGGUUGCCGAAGCCCUGCAUGCGAUUCACGCCCAGCAGAUGGAAGCCGCUCGAGCGCGGUUGCUCAACUUCACCCUGGAUCAGACGACUUCCAUCACGAGGAAGCAGCGGACGGUUUCCCGGCUCUUGAUCCCGACGAUUCAGGCCGCCAUGGAACCGGCCUAUGCAGCCUGCUCCCAACUCUCCGGCCGGGGGUAUUUCCAGAGGAUGAAAGAGGAGAUGGAGACAUUCGUCCACCUGCAGAAGGACGCCAUCUUUGACUCGGCUGUGGAGAAGAUGUGGCAGCAGCUGGAGCUUUUCCAGCUGUCCAUCCACCGCAGCCUGCAGUCGGUGGCCCAGGAGCUGGCCACGUCCAUCAGGAUGCAGUUCGAGCCGCUGCUGAGGCCGGUCCAGAAAAACAAGGAGAUCCUUCCAGAAUUGCAGCGUCUCUGUGCUAAGGUGGACAAGAUUUGCCAGCGCUCGGGCGUGGACUACGUGCUUCCCACGGCCCUGCAGCCAGAGGAGCAGCCUCCCAAAACAGAGGCCAAACUGCCAGGAAGUGGGGGCUGCGUCAGCUUUCCGGCCGCAUCCAUGGAUGUCCGAGUCGGAGCCCUCCCUCUGCCCCACCUGGUGGCCAUUCAGGUGUCCGGGGAGCACAUCACCUUGACUCUGGCAGGUGAGCCCACCCAGGCCUCCCUCCCCCUUGGGAGCGUUUACCGCUGCGAAGUCUGCCUGCCCCUGGGCUGCCUGAUCCUGCGCGUCUCUGCAAAAGCCGCCUGGGAAGUUGGCGUCCAGUGCAGAGUCCAUUUGCCGAGCCCAGGGCUGUGCAGCCAGGAAGCCCUGGUCAUCCGGGAAGCGACCCAGGACGAGAGGCAGCUUCCCAGGCUGAGGGACUGCCUGGCAGCCAGGCUCAGCGCGGCCACCCGGGUGCAGGAGCUCAGCCCACAGCAAGGAAGGGAGACGCUGCUGUCGCUGGGAGUCCCCUACCUGGGCCAGCAGAACCUGGAAAGCGCUGAGCCCCCCGGACCCCAAGGGGCUUCUGCUCCUGAGCCCGUCGCAGCCGUGGGCACGGCUGGGCAGCAGCCGUGCCCCCUCCUCCUUCCCUGGCACCCCUAUGCCAGAAAGAGGGCCGGGGAGGCAGUCCUGCCGCAGCUGGAGAAGAAGUCCAAGGUCCUGCCUGUGGAGCCUGCCGGCUACGCUUGGCUGCCGUGCGGCCAGGGUGCAGGUGUGAAGCCCACGUCCCACUCCGCAGCCCUCCUGGGGAGCCACAGCCCAGAAGGAGCCUUCCGUCCGUGUCCGGUAAGUGUUCAUGGGAGGCCCAAAAGCCGCCCUUGGAAAGAGGCAGCUUCCCCGAGCCCUGGGGGUUGCUUAGGGGGGUGGGAGUCCCUUUCUGCAUCCCCUUGA